AAGACUUCUGCUGAAUUUCAAUUGUUAUACGAUUGCCAUCGGGAACGGAACAGGAUGCCGAGAAACUGUGCGCUACUUUGCUGACCUGAUUCAGAGGAGAUUUUUUGCACCCCUUAAUGUUGCCUACUGCAUUACCAAUGAAGCGGGUGCAUCCAUCUAUAGCAUUAGUCCAGAUGCUGCCAAGGAGAUGCCAGACCUAGAUCCCGAUCUGAGGAGUGCAGUUUCCAUAGCGAGACGUGUACAAGAUCCAUUAGCUGAGCUUGUGAAAAUUGAGCCUAAACACAUUGGCGUCGGGAUGUACCAGCACGAUGUCUCACAGGUGCUUUUGAAAGGCACCCUGGACAGUGCGGUGGAGGAAUGGGUCAGCUUUGUAGGCGUGGAUAUUAACAUCUGCUCUGAAACUCUAUUGAGGCAUAUUGCUGGUUCAAACUCAGUACGGGCAAAGAACAUAAUUGAAUGUCGAGAAAAGAAUGGACUGUUUUUGAACAGAGAGCAGCUGAAGUGUGUGAAGGGUCUGGGUCCAAAGACCUUCCAGCAAUGCGUGGUAUGAAAAAAAAAAAAUUAAAUUAAAAGACUUCUGCUGAAUUUCAAUUGUAAUACGAUUGCCAUCGGGAACGGAACAGGAUGCCGAGAAACUGUGCGCUACUUUGCUGACCUGAUUCAGAGGAGAUUUUUUGCACCCCUUAAUGUUGCCUACUGCAUUACCAAUGAAGCGGGUGCAUCCAUCUAUAGCGUUAGUCCAGAUGCUGCCAAGGAGAUGCCAGACCUAGAUCCCGAUCUGAGGAGUGCAGUUUUCAUAGCGAGACGUGUACAAGAUCCAUUAGCUGAGCUUGUGAAAGUUGAGCCUAAACACAUUGGCGUCGGGAUGUACCAGCACGAUGUCUCACAGGUGUUUUUGAAAGGCACCCUGGACAGUGCGGUGGAGGAAUGGGUCAGCUUUGUAGGGGUGGAUAUUAACAUCUGCUCUGAAACUCUAUUGAGGCAUAUUGCUGGUUCAAACUCAGUACGGGCAAAGAACAUAAUUGAAUGUUGAGAAAAGAAUGGACCGUUUUUGAACAGAGAGCAGCUGAAGUGUGUGAAGGGUCUGGGUCCAAAGACCUUCCAGCAAUGCGUCGGAU